AGCAGUAGAACCAUGUGGCUGAGUGCAGAAUGUUGAUGGGCACUGGGUAGGGCGGUGCUGGGCACUGGGCAGGCGGGGGCAGCCUGGUGCUGGAGGAACUGAGCUGAAAGUAAUGCCAAGUUCAUGAGCAAGAGGCGAGCACAUUAUCGCCCCAGUAGCAGCAGGGCUGGAUGUGAAGAAAGCAGCAAGCAGCCGCCACUCUAGCAACACCCCAAGAUAUCAGGGAUGAGCAGCCAAGGGGUUCCCUGCCCCCAAGAGCAGAAUGGUGCUGUGCCUGGCGAGACGAGUAAGCGAGACGAGAACAUCAAGCGCGGCAACUGGGGAAACCAGAUCGAGUUUGUCCUCACCAGCGUGGGCUACGCCGUGGGACUCGGCAAUGUGUGGCGCUUCCCGUACCUCUGCUACCGCAAUGGCGGAGGUGCUUUCCUGUUCCCCUAUUUCAUCAUGCUGGUGUUCUGCGGGAUCCCCCUCUUCUUCAUGGAACUCUCAUUUGGACAGUUUGCCAGCCAAGGCUGCCUGGGCGUCUGGAGAAUUAGCCCUAUGUUCAAAGGUGUCGGGUAUGGUAUGAUGGUUGUGUCCAGCUACAUUGGAAUCUACUACAAUGUUGUGAUCUGCAUUGCCUUCUAUUAUUUCUUCUCAUCGAUGACACGGGUGCUACCCUGGACAUACUGCACCAACCUCUGGAACACACCGGAUUGCAAUGGUGUGUUGGACUUUACCAAUGGCUCAGCUGGGUCAUCGCUCAACCUCACACAGAACUUCAACCAGACACUCAAGCGCACUAGUCCCAGUGAGGAAUAUUGGAGGCGGUAUGUGUUGAAGCUGUCUGAUGACAUCGGGAACCUGGGUGAAGUGCGGCUUCCUCUCCUGGGUUGCUUGGGUGUCUCUUGGGUUGUCGUCUUCCUCUGCCUCAUCAAGGGCGUGAAGUCCUCAGGAAAAGUUGUAUAUUUCACGGCAACCUUCCCGUACGUGGUGCUGACUAUCUUAUUUGUGCGGGGGAUAACCCUUGAAGGAGCCGUAACUGGGAUCCUGUAUUAUCUGACACCGCAGUGGGAAAAAAUCCUCGAGGCGAAGGUAUGGGGAGAUGCCGCUUCCCAGAUCUUCUAUUCAUUGGGCUGUGCCUGGGGCGGGCUUAUCACCAUGGCGUCAUACAACAAGUUCCACAACAACUGCUAUAGGGACAGCAUCAUCAUCAGCAUCACCAACUGCGCCACAAGUGUCUACGCAGGCUUCGUCAUCUUCUCCAUCCUUGGCUUCAUGGCCAACCACCUAGGUGUGGAAGUUUCGAAGGUGGCUGACCAUGGUCCUGGCUUGGCCUUCGUGGCUUAUCCUGAGGCACUGACACUACUUCCGAUCUCCCCUCUUUGGUCGGUUCUCUUCUUUUUCAUGCUCAUCCUGCUGGGUCUGGGCACUCAGUUCUGCCUCCUGGAGACUCUUGUCACAGCCAUUGUGGACGAAAUAGGAAAUGAAUGGAUCAUCCGCCGGAAAACCUUUGUGACUCUAGGUGUGGCCGUGGUGGGCUUUCUGCUAGGUAUUCCACUCACUACACAGGCUGGUAUCUACUGGCUCUUAUUGAUGGACAACUAUGCAGCAAGCUUCUCACUUGUCGUUAUUUCAUGCAUCAUGUGUGUUUCCAUCAUGUACAUCUACGGACACCGGAACUACUUCAAGGACAUUGAGAUGAUGCUGGGUUUCCAACCACCCCUCUUCUUCCAAAUCUGUUGGAGGUUUAUCUCCCCUGCUAUCAUCUUUUUCAUACUCGUGUUCACAGUGAUCCAGUACCGACCCAUCUCCUACAAUAAAUAUGUCUACCCCGCCUGGGCUAUCACCAUCGGUUUUCUCAUGGCACUGUCGUCGGUCGUCUGCAUCCCCAUCUACGCCGUGUUCCGCGUCUUGCGCUCCGAAGGGGACUCACUGCUGCAGCGUUUGAAAAACGCUACCCGGCCGAGCCGUGAGUGGGGCCCAGCCCUUGCGGAACACCGGACAGGCCGCUAUGCACCGGCGCUCAGCUCCUCCACAGAGUCCCAGCUGGAGGUGCAGCUGCUGAACCCUGAGAAACCCAAGAGCGACGAGGCUGGCGUGGCUGUUGCCAUCACCGUCGGAAGCAACGGCUCUACUCACAGCCAGGACUCCAAGAUCUGAACCUUUAGCCUGGGAGGCAGGGCAGGGAGCCCUCCUUGCACCUCCCCUUUCCCACCUGCCCUGGUCCUCCAAACCUUACUCUGCUCAGAUAUACUACAGUGCCCCCCCACUGGGUGGGGGAGCCCUGGCUCCCAGGCUGUGCCGGACUCUGGGGGAGGGGGCUGUGAGUUCCCACCCCACCCCACCUCAUUAGUGCCCCCCUGUGCCAUCUUGUAACCCUCAUGUUUACAAUAAUGUUCAGAUGGCCCCAAUUCACAGCCAGGACCAGGGUCAGAGGUGGGGAGGGUGUGCACUGGCCGAGGAGUUGGGGGUACCUCUAAGGGUACCAGUGUGGGGGGGGGAUCGGUUGGAGCCCCAUUGGCUCCCCAGCCCCUUUGGGGUGGAUUCUGGCAGCUGCACCUGGGCCCAGGGGGUCUGGAAUCUAUUGGGGAUAGUAUGCCCCUUACUGCCCUGGAUCAGGGCCGUGGGGACUGGCCCCACAGAAAAGCAAAUGGGGACUCACGGGGAGGGAUGAGGGCAGGGGUGGGGUUGGUAGUUGUUGCAAAUGUAAUCCAGAGAUUCUAGGCAAAGCUGGGCCCUGGACUAGGCAACGGGCAGCUUGGCUCUUCUUGCCCCUGCUGGGAUUCUUGCAGAGAUAUAAUGAAGACUGCACACCACCCCCUCCAGUGCAUGUCCUUCCUGGGCUUCCCUGCCUCUCUUGCUUCUAGGAAAGGCGAGGGAACCUCCCCAACACUACCAACAUGCAGUUCCAGUCAUGGUUCCCAUCAGAAUGAAUGUUCUUGCCCGGAACGACUGAGUGGGUUGGACCGAUGGAGGGGAGGGGCACGAGAACUCUCCCGAACUGGAUUACGGCAAGAAAGGGAUGGGAGCGUCACUAAGCUAGGAACUCAAGCAUGCACAAGUCUACGACUUGAUCUCAAAUCUAGCCUUACUUGCACAUGCAUCCAGAUUCUCUCUCUCUCUCACACACGCAUGCACACACACCCCGACAUCUGUAGGGAUAAACACAGACUCUCUCACAUGUACAUAUGCACAUCUGAGAAACUGGAUGCACCAUGUAACUGUGAUUCAAAUCUAGGGCAGUCCCACAGGCUAUGGGUAGCACGUGCAAGCCACUACUCACACUGUGCACAAGGUGUGCACUGCUGAUCCAUAGAGCAUCCCCUGGAUGCUCAGCCAAGCCCAUUGCUCUUGGUACGGACCCUGGGGGAGGGGUUGCCUCCUGCGCCCUGGGGCAGGGGAGUCCAGAAGCACUGCUCCACACCCUUCCCCUGAAGAGGAGCAAAUGCAUUUUGAAUGGGGUCUCUCUAUUGGCAAGAGACCAUUGGGACCUAGCCCUGCCCCAUCCUGUGGGGAAAGGAGCAGAGCCAACCGUGGUGCUAAGAGCAGGUGAUGAGCUAAGACCUGUCCCACACCAUUUGGGGGAAGCACAAAAGGCGAAAAAGAAAAAGAAAAAGCACAACCUUCCCUAAAAGCUAUCCCCAGCCAGGCCUGCGCUCCAUGUGGCCCACUUCUCCAGCAUUAGCAGGGAGUGGAAGCUGCCAGCCCCAUGCUGCCGGCAUGGAGGCGUGGGCCAGAGACACCAGCACCAUAUCUGGUUGCAAGACCUCACCCUAAUACCAAGUCGAGCCCAUGCUGGCUCAGAUGGGUACAAGUUACUAAUGGUUCUGUCUUCCGGCCUCAUCACCCCUUGUUUCUGUUUCAGUGUUGCUGCCUGCACUUUACCCCUAGAAAUGCUCUGUACACCGCCCUGAGAUCGUAGUGAUAUAGGGCGGGAUAAAAAUGUUUUAAAUAAAUAAAUGCCUGGGAGGAGGAGACAGGAGGCCCUGGCAGCCACUAUCCUGCCCUCUACCCUGUGGCAAUGAUGCCAAGUCAGUUACCAAUGCCAAACAGUGCAUGUAGGGGGCAUCCCUCAGCUCCCAGCCGUGCACGAUUGCUGUGGUGUAGCCAUGGUGCCAACAGCCAGGGCACACAUCUGGUUCCUACCCACAUGGUACCUGCCCCAGCCAGUGGCAUGGGCACAGUGGCCAGUGUUUAAGUGCCAAAUGUCUGCAUCAUGAGCAGAUAGAGGGGGGAACAGGUGGCUCCAUGCCAUGAUGGUACUUUUUCCCCUAAGCCUCCAGCACCCCAUCCUUUCCUAUGCUGCGCCGAAGAUGCACUAUUUAAUGCAUGGUCCCAUGUCUGUCCUUCCCUCCCGUGUAGGGCGUGGCGUCUACCAUGGCCACCUCUCAUUGUUCAUAGCAAUAAUUGUGACGCGUCUCCCAUACUGUGACUCUCCCAGAUGUAGAUUUUUAAAGUCUGAUAGAUUUUAAUGAAAUUUAUAUUCCUGAA